AUGAUCCUGUGCGGCAUCGCCGGCAUGUUCGUCAUGGCCGUGCUCAUGACGGUGGCGUUCCUCGUGGACGUGCCGGCGCUGUCCAUCGUCUUCACGGCGCUGUACGUGAUCGCGUUCGGCGUGACGCUGGGGCCGCUCGUGUGGGUCAUCACGGCCGACCUGUUCCCGGACUCGGUGCGCGCCACGGCCACGUCCAUCGGCAUCGGCGCCAACUGGCUGUGCAACUUGAUCGUCGGCGUGGCGUACCCGUACAUCGCGGACGCGCUGGACGACUACAGCUAUCUUCCGUUCAUCGUGCUGCUGGCCAUCUUCUUCCUGCUGUCGCUGAAGCUGGUGCCGGAGACGUCCAACAAGUCUGCGGACGAGGUGCAGCGCGAGUACGAGGAGCG